CAGACGGGCCCGGCCAGUGCCAAGAUGAGCGUCACGUCCUGGUUCCUGGUGAGCAGCAGCGGCACCCGCCACCGGCUCCCACGCGAGCUCAUCUUCGUCGGGCGUGAUGAGUGCGAGCUCAUGCUGCAGUCCCGCAGCGUGGACAAGCAGCAUGCCGUCAUCAACUAUGACCCAGACAGGGACGAGCACUGGGUGAAGGACCUGGGCAGCCUCAACGGGACAUUUGUGAAUGAUGUGCGCAUCCCAGACCAGAAGUACGUCACGCUGAGGCUCAAUGACGUCAUCCGCUCCUGCAAAUAGCCAGUACAUGGUGUUAAUUCCAACAUGUACGUGCUGGAGCGUGUGCAGCACCGUGUCCCUGAGGAGGCACUCAAGCACGAGAAGUACACCAGCCAGCUGCAGGUGAGCGUCCCCAGCUCAGCGCCCAAGAGGGGUGAGGUACUGCCAGAGCACACACCGUACUGCGAGUCCUCGAACCCCAGGCUGGAGAAGGGGGACCGGAGGCCAGGAGCAGAGGCCACAACUUACCGGACACCCCUGUACGGGCAGCCCUCCUGGUGGGGUGAGGAUGAUGGUGUCACGCCACCUGAGGACCGGCGCCAGGAGGAUCCCUACCCAGAGCGUCCCAGGGAGCAGCAGGACGUGGAGCUCAAUGGAACAUUAGCUGGUAUUCACGCCCCCGCCGAACCUCAGGGCUACCCAUUCCGGAGGGAGCCCAGCUACUUCGAGAUUCCCACGAAGGAGGCCCCGCUGCCGCCUCGGCCCCCUGAUGUGCCGCUGCACGAGGCACCCACAAAGGACGUGGAGGCAGGUGGGGGCGGGGUGGCCCCUGUGGUGCAGAGCCACGCCUCCUUCACCAUCGAGUUUGACGACUGCAGCCCCGGCAAGGUCAAGAUCAAGGACCACAUCACCAAGUUCUCCCUGCGCCAGCGGCGGCCCCCAGGCAAAGAAGCCACACCUGCUGAGAUGGUCUCGGCCGAAACCAAGGUGGCCGACUGGCUGGUGCAGAAUGACCCAAGCCUGCUACGCCGGGCCGGCCAGGGGGAUGACCGUCACAGCACCAAGAGUGACCUGCCCAUCCACACCCGCACCCUGAAGGGCCAUAAGCACGAGGAUGGAACGCAGAGUGACUCGGAGGACCCCCAGGCCAAGGCAGCUGCAGCAGCCGGGAUCCCAGGGGAGACCAGCGGGGAGCAGAUGCGGCUGCAGAGGCAGAUCAAGCGGGACCCGCAGGAACUGCUGCACAACCAGCAGGCCUUCGUCAUCGAGUUCUUCGACGAGGACACGCCCCGCAAGAAGCGCUCCCAGUCCUUCACGCACACCCCGCCUGCAGACCCCAAGGCUGACAAGCGCCGUGGCCCUGGGCCAGCCGAUAGGGACCGGCCGGGUGUCCCGGCCCCCGCCCGGGCAGCAGGUGGCAGCUCGGGACCACAGAGAGCCAGCUCGCUCAAACGGGAGAAGACGGAGGAGCGGCUGGGCGGCCCCUCACCUGCUGCCCGAGCCACCGCCCGCCCCUUCGGCAGCGUGGGGCGCCGGUCCCGCCUGGCCCAGGACUUCAUGGCCCAGUGUCUGCAGGAGAGCUCCCCAACCCCACGGCCCGGCCCUGAGAAGGCACCCCCAGUGCUGCCUGCUCCCCUGACGCCCCGUGGGGCCAGCUCUGUGGCCCCCCCUACCCCACCACCACCCCCCGCCGACCCCCAGCUUACUAAGGCACGCAAACAGGAGGAAGAUGAUAGCCUCAGUGACGCAGGGACCUACACCAUCGAGACGGAGGCGCAGGACAAGGAGGUGGAGGAGGCCCGGAAGAUGAUUGACCAGGUCUUUGGGGUGUUGGAGUCCCCUGAACUCUCCAGGGUGUCUUCGGCCACCUUCCGCCCAGUUAUCCGAGGGGACAAAGAUGAGUCCGGUGACGGGGACAUGGCUCAGCGGAUGGCCCUCCUGCAGGAGUUUGCCUUCCGGCCGCUGGGUACAAACCCCCAGGCAGAGCCCCAGGGGCUCCUGGCGCCAGGCUCUCCUGUGGGUCAGAAAUGGGCAUCCCGCUGGGCCAGUCUGGCUGACAGCUACUCAGACCCAGGCCUUGCAGAGGAUGGCCCCGGUCGCAGAGCCAGUGAGCCUGAGGGGGCCCUACCUGUGCGCACGCGGCGACUGCUCCCCCAGCUGCCCAGCGACAGGGCGGACAGCCCCGCAGGCCCCGAGGCUGCCAGGAGGAGCAGACCUGGGCCACCAGAGCGGAGCAGUGAGCAGGCCAGCCGCCUUGUAGGCCAGGAGGACCUGGACCCAGACAGUCUCAGUGACGCCAGUGGGUCUGAUGGUGGCCGGGGCCCUGAGCUGGGCGUGGAGCAGCAGGAGGAGAGGUACAGGAGCCCCCAGGAGGGGCUAGCAUGGGUCAGGGGUCGGCGCUCACCGAGGAUCCCCGGGGAGCCAGUCCCCACUUCUUUCUUCAUCGGAGACCAGAAUGGGGAGGCCGCCUUCCCCAGGAAACUGUUUUCGGCUCUAGGGGAGGUGGAGGGUGCAGGGCAGGCAGCCCAGCCCAGCCACCCUGUGAGGGACGGCGUCUACGUCAGCACCAAUGGGAGAAUGGUCAUCCAGCUGCGGACCGGGCAGUCCCCAGAACCUAACGGCCCCAGCCUGGCCCCGCCCAAGGAGGCCCUGGCCUUUGUCCGACAAGAGAGCUUCACUAAGGAGCCAGCCAGUGGCCCCCCUGCACCCAGCAAGCUGCCCCACAUCUCUAGCCACCCCCUCCUGCAGGACCUGACUGCAGCCCGGGCCUCAUGCGUGGACAUCCACUCCCAGGACACUCGGCUUAUCUUGAAGGAGACUGAGACAGCCCUGGCGGCCCUGGAGGCCCGACUGCUGUCCAAGUCCACGGACACAGAGUGUGGGGAGGGUGGUGUCCCCAGGCCACCAGAGGACUCCCUGUCUGGGGACUCGGACGUGGACACGGCCAGCACAGUCAGCCUGCUCAGUGGCAAGAAUGGGCCCAGCCCGACGACCCCCCAGUCCCUGGGGUCACAGAAAGAGAAGCCACCGUCCCCACCAGCAGCACAGGAGCUGGCAGGUGCCGGCCUGGGCAGUGCCCGCGAGCGGCUCUCGGAAAAGCAGCAUCGCCCACUAGGCCUGGCAGACCCAGGUCGUGGGGAGCAGGGGCGGCGCCUGGCCGUGCAGCGAGGCCAUGGGACCCGAGGCUCCCUGGACUGGCCCGAUGAGGAGCGUGGCUCCAGCCUCACCCACCCACCCAGCUCAGACAUGGUCACCUCCAACCACGAGACCCCUGAGGCCACAGGGGCAGCGCGGCCAGGGCCUCGCCGGAAACCAGCAGCCCCGCCACCAUCCCUGGCUGCCCGGGAGGAGCACAGCCGUGGCUCAGCCAGUGCCCAGAAGGUGCAGCAGGCGCUGACCCGCUCCAACAGCCUGUCCACCCCACGGCCCACACGGGCCUCCCGGCUGAGGCGGGCCCGCCUGGGGGAUGCCUCGGACACUGAGGCUGCGGAUGGGGAACGGGGGACCCCGGCCAACCCAGAGCCAGUAGGCCGGCCAGUCACUGAGCAGACCAAGAAGCUGUCACGCUUGGACAUCCUGGCCAUGCCCCGAAAGCGGGCUGGCUCCUUCACAGGGCCCAGCGACUCCGAAGCGGCCCCCACCCGCGCCAGCUUCUCUGGCCGCAGUGCCGAGCUGUACUGUGCCGGCCGCAAGCCCACCAUGGCUGAAGCUCGGGCCGCCGCUAGGAAGGCCGCCGCCACUGCCACCACCGGCCCCCGCCAGCCCUUCAGCAGGGCCCGCCCAGGCAGCGCCAGAUACUCCUCCAACACGCGGCGCCGGCAGCAGGGCUCGGAUUACACCUCCACGUCCGAGGAGGAGUACGGCUCCCAGCACGGCUCCCCCAAACACACGCGCUCCCAUGCCUCAACAGCCACGCAGACCCCGCGGGCUGGCAGCUCUGGCCGCUCUCGGUCCCGGGCUCCUGGCCCCCGGGACACAGACGACGAGGAAGAGGGGACUGACCGCUACGGUUUCAUCGUGCAGACAGCUGAGAUUGCCGAGAUUGCCAGGCUGAGCCAGACUCUGGUGAAGGAUGUGGCCAUCCUGGCCCAGGAAAUCCAUGACGUGGCUGGGGACAGUGACUCUCUGGGCCCCACCCGCAGCCCCUCCCUUGGCAACAUGGCCAGCACUCCCAACUCCACCAUUUCUGCCCACGAGGAGCUGGUGCAGCGCAUCCCAGAGGCCAGCCUCAACUUCCAGAAGGUGCCGCCUGGCUCUUCGAACUCCCGGGACCUUGACCAGAACAUGAAUGACAGCCGGGAGGAUGCCCUGGCCAACAAGACAAGGCCUCGGAACCGUGAGGAGGUGAUCUUCGACAACCUGAUGCUGAAUCCGGUGUCCCAGCUGUCCCACGCCAUCCGUGAGAACACGGAGCACCUUGCCGAGAAGAUGAAGAUCCUCUUUCAGAAUUCAGAGCGGGCGUGGGAGGACCUGGAAGCCAGGAUCAAUGCUGAGAACGAGGUGCCCAUCCUGAAGACAUCCAACAAGGAAAUCAGCUCCAUCCUGAAGGAACUGCGACGGGUGCAGAAGCAGCUGGAAGUCAUCAAUGCCAUUGUGGACCCCAGCGGGAACCUGGACCUGCUCAUGGGAAACAGGGGCUCCGCGGGCUCAUCCCAGCUGGGACUCGGGAAGGGCCGCACGGCAGGCCAAAGUCCAUCCUCACCCCCCUUGACGGAGACCUUGCUGCCAGCCCUGCCCCUGAGGAGCUUACCGCAGCGGGCCAACUGCGGGUCCCCCGGCCUCCCGGACCCCGCCUUUCUCCCCGAUAAGGAGAGGUUCCUGAUCUAGGCCUCUGGUGGACGAGGCUGGCCUCCCUGUGUGCGUGCGUCCUGUGCCGCCCCAUCCAUCACAUGGCCCACCUGCCCGGCCGCAGAUGGUUCUCUGUGGAAACCCCCACACGUGCCAUAACCCCAUGGGUGGGCGCUUCCCACGCCCAGACCCCCCCAGCUCCCAGCACACCUACAGCCUUGCCACCUGGGUGCCACCCCUCCCCCACAGGCCUCCUGGUGUGGCCGCAGCCAAGGGCAAGCCCUCAAGGGUACAUGCCCCACCCCUCUACAUUGCUGUCAUUUUGUCUUUAGCUUUAAAGGAAAAAGUAGUCUGUGCCAUUGCAGCCACUCCUCCAGGCUUGGCCGAAAGCCUCUCGGUCUGGAAGGGCCGUGCACUGCCCAUAAUGUCCUGAGUGCUGGCCCAAGGCCACGCAGAGGAGGAGAGGCUGGGCGCGGGGUCAUUCAGUGCCAAACGUGGCUGGGGAGGGCUUGGGCAUGUCCCCAGGACCUUUGAGGAAGACAGGGCUGGAGCUGCACAGGGUCCAGCAGCCAAUGGCAGGCAAGUGGCCCAUGGAGACACUGGGGGCAGGAACCUCACUGCUUUAAGCCUUUGGUGCCAUCUCAACUGCCAAACCCAUUGAGCUUGUGGGCUUUGCCAGUGGAGCCCUCCUGAGUGUGGGCCAGGGGCUGGCCAAGAGCCUGCCCGUGCACACACAGGUGCAGAGACACAUGCAUUAUGCACACAGUUAGCCCGGACAUGUUUCCAGGCUGCACUCAGAGCUAUAGGGCACGUCCCAGCAAGGGGCUCUGGGCCUUUGCACUUGGGCUUCCGAUGGGUCUGGGUGCAGCUGGGUGGGUGAGCAGCCCCUCAGGUGGAGGCGAGUGGUUAGACCAAAGUGACAGGACACCAGAUUUCUGGAAGUGGCCUGGACAAUGUGCCCUCCCCUCCAGCCUCACCGCAUCCUCCUGUGGGCAUUAAGUGGGCAUCUGCAGCAGGCUCCUGGGUGCCUGAUCCCUCAUGGGGGAGCGCGUUGGCAGGGACAGGCCUCAGGAACAGUUCGUUUUCUCAGGAUUCUUUCAGCUGGGAGUGUGCCAGGUGACAGAUGAGCAUAGUGUGGCCCCUCCUGGAGCGGCCCCUAAGCCAAAGAGCCCCGUUGGCUGUGGUCAGGGGAGGUGGGGAUGUCCCACCUCAACCAGGCGGGUAUGGUGUGCUCUGCAACCCUCCUGGCAUGUGGCAAGUGUCGGGCCUGGACAGGGCCCAGCUGCUGGGGGAGGGCACCGUGAAGCCCAGACCCAGAGCCCAGAGCAGGUGGCGCCUCCCUGUUUACAUUUAGCUGCUCUGGAGUCGAGUGCAUGGGCCCUGGUGCCUCUGUGCCCCCAGCCCACCUGAUGUCUAUGUGUGUGUGUCAGGGGUGGGUGGCGGGGUCACCACCCGGUCCCCACCCUUAGAGCCUGCUGUCCCUGUGGAGGAGGUGCUAGUCCAGCCCACCGGGGCCAUGCCCACCCU